AUGGCGCGAAAUGUCCAUGAAAGCUGUAGAGAGGUACCAUGCGGGAUGGCAGCGACUGAGGAGGGGCCUAAGGCCCUUACUGAGCGGCUGGAUGUCGCGCGCGGCUUGGAGAACGUGCCUGUGAGCGCGUGGCCCCCGGGGGCGGAGCCAGAGCCUUUCCAGUAUACGCCUGACCAUGUAGCUGGACCUGGAACAGACAUUGAUCCCACACAAAUAACCUUUCCCGGAUGCAUUUGCUUCAAAACCCCCUGCCUCCCUGGUACUUGCUCUUGUCUCCGUCAUGGGGAGAACUAUGAUGAUAAUUCACGCCUUAGAAAUAUAGGAUCGGAAGGAAAGUGUGCCAAGCCAGUAUUUGAAUGCAACGUCCUAUGCCAGUGCAGUGACCACUGCAGGAACAGGGUGGUCCAGCAGGGUCUGCAGUUCCAACUCCAGGUGUUCAAGACGGACAAAAAAGGCUGGGGACUUCGUACCUUGGAACUAAUACCAAAAGGACGGUUUGUCUGUGAAUAUGCUGGUGAAGUUUUGGGAUAUUCUGAAGUACAGAGAAGAAUUCAGUUACAAACAAUACACGAUCCAAAUUACAUUAUAGCCGUCAGAGAACAUGUUUACAACGGGCAGGUCAUAGAAACAUUUGUUGAUCCCGCCUAUAUAGGAAAUAUUGGAAGAUUUCUCAACCAUUCUUGCGAGCCAAACCUGUUGAUGAUUCCUGUCCGAAUUGACUCAAUGGUACCAAAGUUGGCACUUUUUGCAGCCAAAGACAUUUUGCCCGAAGAAGAACUCUCUUACGACUAUUCAGGAAGAUUUCUUAAUCUAAUGGACAGUGAAGACAAGGAAAGGCUAGAUCCCAGGAAAAUAAGAAAACCUUGUUAUUGCGGUGCCAAAUCAUGUGCUGCUUUCCUGCCUUAUGACAGUUCACUGUUCUGCCCCUUAGAAAAGCCAAACAUCAGUUAG